CUUAACCGUAUAGCAGCAUAAGCCUUGGGUUAUUUGUGAUUUACUACACCCUCUUGUGAUUUACAUUGUUAUUUGAACACAAAGGAAGACGCACAAUGACCAUAGAAGAUUAAACUCAAGGAAGCACUCAUUGGCACGGACAGUCAGACCACACCGGACGAUUAAGGACAUUUACACUACAUUUAGUCAUUUAGCAGACGCUCUUAUCCAGAGCGACUUACAGUAAGCAGAGGGACUUAUUUGUUGAAUUGUGUUAACAUGAACAACAGUUCAUUGACCCAUGAUCUGAGCGCAAUUCCAGAACAUGUUAUCUUCCAUCUAUUUCUUGAUAAACGCUGACGGUGCCGACCACGCUGACAGAGAGCGCUGCAGCAGAGCUCACCUGGAUGCCAUCACAUCAGAUGACGCAGGAAACGUGUACGCCUUCAGGGGAGGAACAUCUCCAAAUGUUGGUUUCUGCAGUGAUUCUUGCAGCGUACUAGCCUACAUGGUCUAUAAAGCAAACAUGUCACUUCUAUGCUGUUCGACCCUCUCAGGCCACCAUUAUCUGCGUCAGGAUGUAGGAAAUGACAAACUGCACUCUGAAAGCAUCGAGAAGGCCUUCAAGGAGCUGCACAGCGAGGUGUACGCUGUCUUCUCAUACAUGGACCACCUCUACAUGAUCAAGGCAGGCACACAGGCACACACCGCACAGAUACGUCGCUGAACAGAGUCCGGUGUGUGUAGGAUAAGAUGGUGUACCUGUACAAAGUCGGGGUACCCCAAACCCCUGAAGGAGGAGCUGGGCCUGGAGGGCCCCCUGGACGCUGGCUUCGUCUGCCAGGAUCACCACAUCGCCCACAUCGUCAAAGGUAGCUGGAACAGACCGACUGGCAGAUACCAAGGCCAGUUCUGGUACAACCAGCUGCAAUAGCAGAACAGCAAUCGCAAAAGAGAGUGGGGAGCACUUUACAUUAACGUUACAUUAAUUGUCAUGUCAUCACGCCAGGGUUUCCCUGGAGCUGUUUGGCUGUGACCACUAGCUGGCGUCCACCAAACAACAAACCUAUCAUGGAAACGGGUCUAAGUGUCUAUCACAUUUCUUUCAACACAUGCACCAUGGUUUUCACGUACGAGAAAUGCUGUGCCUAAAACCUGCAGUAGACCUCAUCUUAUGCUCUGUUACCUCUGUGAUCUGUCUCAUUCCUCCAUCAUACUGUUUAUCUGUGUUUCCUGCCUCUGGAUCUCUCAUGGAAUGCUCUGCAGGGUUCUAGAGUAAUUGGGUUUGUGUGGUCUUUUUAGUAGGUGUAUUGAACCACCUGGAGAGUCUAAAAGGGCUUC